UGAAGAUGCGUCUUUACUCCUUCGUCUGACCACUGAGACAGACGCAGCUGACUUCAGUAGUGUGAUAUCAGUUAAUCAUCUGCAGACACACAAUGUCUCUCAAUGCCUCUCAUCCUCUUCACAUGCCCAAGAUUUCCAAGAAUGACCAGGAGACAACUGUGGACAUUGAUGCCAUAAUGGACAACGUCUCCAUCGUCCUCUACACAUUGACCGUCGUUAUCGGCAUCACAGGGAACUCAAUGGUUAUCUGGGUGGCUGGAUUCAGGCUCAAGCCAAAGGUCACCAACGUGUGGCUGGUGAAUCUGGCAGUAGCGGACCUGAUCUUCUGCUUCACACGAGUCUUCUCCCUCAUUAAGAAGCUCUUCUUUGACCACUGGCCCUUUGGCAUCUUCCUCUGCAAGUUCAACGGCUUCUUCAAAUAUGCCAACAUGUUCUGCUCUGUCUUUCUGUUGGCUGUGAUCAGUUUGGACCGAGUGCUCUGUGUUUGGCAGCCUGUCUUCACCAGGCGACGACGCACCCUGUGGGCCGCAAGGAUAGUGGCUGUUUGCGUCUGGAUUGUUGCGAUCAUCUUCAGCACUCCGUACUUCAUGUACCGCCAAGUCUACCUGAAGAACAACCUGAGUAAGUGCUCUGUGGACCCGAAGGAGAAGGCAGGGUACACCAGUGCUAAAAUGGCUAUCUACUCCAUUCGCUUCCUGUGUGGCUUCUUGUUGCCUUUCAUGGUCAUCCUCAUCUGUUACAUCCUGGCCGGAGUUGGCAUCCGACGCACCCGCUUGUCCGGGAAGUCCCGACCCCUACGUAUAUUAGCAUCAUUAGUCGUCGCAUUCUUCCUGUGCUGGGCGCCGUACCACUGCCUCCUGCUGGUGAAGAUGGUGGAUAGUAAGAACACAGUGGUGAAGUUCUGGCACCCCAUAGCGUCUGGCAUCGCAUACUUUAACAGCUGUGUGAACCCGCUGUUGUACUUCUGCCUGGGGCUGGAUGUGAGAGGACGGUUCAAGCAGAGUCUGGCGGGGGUGUACAAGAGAGCUCUGGCGGACGCUGACGACGGACAAACAACCCAGUCCAACGAACGCUCUUUAGAUGACAGCGCUGGGUCUAAACACACUUAUGUGGUGGCAGGAAGGAGUCAGACAUCAGUGGAUGUAGCUAAAGUCUGAGCCUCUCGCAGUUUCCUAAACACAUCUUUGAGCAUAAAAGGAGCAUUCUUAUGGUUUUCCAUUAAAGUCACAGUGAAAUGGCAGAUAGCAUGUCUUUAGCUCUGUGCGAUAUCGAACAAAUCCCUCGACAUAUCAUUGGACAGCUUAAAAGUGGGCAUGGUUUUACGAAGACAGAGUGAUAACGAGCUGUCAAGAAGUACUGGCCUCAUUGUUAAUAGAGAUGCAAUUUGAUAUACAAAAAAUCAUAACUGACACAUUUUACAGACUGUAUGUUUGGCGAAUAACAACAGAUAACUAGACAAGAACUCGAAACGAGUAUUAUAUUAUUUCACUGUCUUUAACAACAUUAACUAUUAAACAUUUUCUGAAGCAUACACACAUAAGUAUGUAGGUAGGUAGGUAGGUAGGUCGGUAGGUA